AUGCACCUGUGCGGCAAGGAGUGCCCCAACAGGUUCCCCGGGUGUGCGUGCAAGGGCAAGUGCAACACCACCACGUGCAUCUGCCGCCGCGCCGGCCGUGAGUGCGACCCCGACACCUGCCGGCACUGCAUGGGCCGAACCCCCUCCCCUGCCCCUCUGCCCCUCUCUGCCCCCCUCUGCCCCUCUCUGCCCCCCUCUGCCCCCCUCUGCCCUACCCUGCCCUCCCUUGCCCUCCCUUGCCCUCCUCUGCCCUCCUCUGCCUGCGUGUGCCCGCAUGCGCAAGGCAGCACGGAGCCACAGUCGUGCUGCAACAUGCAGCUCUCCCGCUGCCACUCCGUGCAGCACGAUGCUGGGCGGGGAGAGCUGGUGGGGGAGUACACGGGGGAGGUGCUCACAGAGGAGCAGUCCACAAGGCACGUCUUCGAGUUCGACCUCACCAACCAGGUGCCCUGCCCUGCAUGUGCUGCACUGUAUGUGCUGCCCUCCAUGUGCUGCACUGUAUGUGCUGCCCUGCAUGUGCUGAAUUGUAUGUGA